AUGGCAACCAACGGGCAUACAAAUGGAAAUGGCACAACCAAAAGACCCCUCCGAGUCGCUGGAGCCUCAGGAGGUUUCACAGAUCGCCAACGUGCCAUUUGCUCUCUCGCUCAUUGCGACGUCGACGUGAUCGUUGGCGACUGGAUGUCAGAAUGUACAAUGUCCUGGCACGGUGCUGCCAAGUCAGCAAUUCUAGCAAAAGGAGAUACCUCUGAGAGAAUGGGACUUUACGACCCAUCAUUUAUGGCAAACUUGACACCUGCGCUGCCUGUUCUUGCAGAGAAAGGGAUCAAGUUGGCUGUAAAUGCUGGAGCUAGCGAUACUGAAAUGUUGGCUAAAGAGGUUGAGAAAGCGAUUAAGAAGGGAGGAUUGGAGGGGAAGUUGAAGGUUGCGUGGAUACAGGGGGAUGAGGUGUUGGAUGUUGUGAAUAAGCUUUUGAAGCAGGGUGAGAAAUUUGAGAAUAUAUGUUUUGGUGGGGAGUUGAAGGAUUGGGGUUUUGAUCCUGUUGCUGCUCAAUGCUACCUUGGGGGAGCUGGUAUUGCUGAGGCUUUCAGACAAGGUGCCGAUAUCGUUAUUUGUGGUCGUGUUGCUGAUGCUGCCCCGACUAUUGGAGCUGCCAUGUGGUGGCAUGGCUGGAAUCGAGACCAGGACUUCGAUCAAGUAGCAGGUUCGUUGAUUGCUGGUCAUCUAAUUGAAUGUUCCUCGUACGUCUGCGGAGGAUAUUAUUCUGGAUUCAAAGAUCUGUUCGACGGGUGCGAAAACAUCGGGUUUCCGAUCGCAGAGAUAUUUCCUGACGGAAGUUGUGCGAUAAUCAAAGAGCCAGAUACCGGAGGAGAGAUAUCUGUGGGAACGGUAGCUUCUCAGUUACUGUAUGAGAUCCAAGGACCUCAAUACUAUGGCUCUGAUGUAGUUGCUGUUCUCGAAGGCAUCAACAUGACCCAAGAAGGAAGAGAUCGAGUUCUCGUCUCGGGAGUAAAAGGCAAACCUCCGCCAACAACGACCAAAGUUGGUCUCACAGCCCACGGCGGAUAUCAGGCUGAAUUCCACUAUCUCCUCGUCGGUCUUGAUCUGGAGCAAAAAGCCGAAUGGACAGAAAAGCAAGUCCGAGCAUCAAUGGGAAAGAACGUCGAUCGCUUCUCCUGCUUGAAAUUCACACUGAAUGGCUACUGUCCAGAAGACCCGCGAAAUCAAGACGUAGCGACCGUAGACUUCCGAGUCUUUGCCCAAACCAAAGAUAGAUCUCUGGUCGUCAAAGAUUCGAUGGAAGUUCCUGGGUUUAACCGCUGGUGUCUUGAAAACUUCCUUCAAUCGUGUCCGGGUGCCACUAUCGAGAACGAUAUCCGACAAUCUGCAGGUAAAGAAUUCUACGAAUACUGGGCAGCACUACUUCCGCAGGAAGAAGUUAAUCAUCAAGUCAAACUUCUGUGGGAUAACAAGACGAUUGAUGUUGCUCCUUCGCCUGCAAUGGAAUUGUAUAGCACGCGUCAAUGGUCUUACGAGACGAAAGAUCCUGUCGAGCUUUCAAGUUUCGGUCCCACAACACGUUGUCCACUCGGAUUCAGAGUGCUCGGAAGAUCUGGAGAUAAAGCUUCAGAUGCUAAUCUAGGAUUCUUCGUUCGCGAAGAUGAUGAGUGGAACUGGCUUCGGUCUUUGCUGACGGUAGAUAAGAUUAUCCAGCUGCUGGGUCCAGAGUAUAACGGAAAGCUGGUGGAGAGGUUUGAGAUACCGGGUAUCAAGGCAGUGCAUUUCUUGCUCCAUGAUCAUCUAGAUCGAAGUUAUAACGCAACCAGCACGUAUGAUGGUCUAGGCAAGAACUUGUGCGAGUAUUUGAGGGCGAAAUAUGUCGAGAUUCCCAACUCCUUCUUGAGGAGAGGAAGGAUCUGA